UUGCAGCAGCCAGUCUCAGGAGAAAGUGAUAAAUAAGACACUAAGCCCCCUCCUUCUCUCCACACCUGAUCACAGAAGGAGAAGUCCUGAUAAACACAUCACCCAGGCUUUGCCUUAGGAGCAGCCGAGCUUCUCUCUGGUCGAUGUAUUCAUGCUAAACAGAGAGAGUCAGGACAGCGUGGCUGGACUUUCAUGUGGCCGCCGUAUAUUCGCAUGGAUGACUUCACUGUGCUGCCGAGAGCUGCCCUUUGACCCUGGCUGCUUUCACAGUGAACUCCUGGCCUAUGGAAAUUGGCCCAUUUCCAUGUCACUUUAAUGUCCCUUCCAGCCCUGCGUGAGACCAUUCCCUCCAGUGUCACUGCUGGACGCUGCAAUGGCAGGAAUCGAGCCCAUCAGCAUCCUCGGGCUUAUCCUGGGCAUCGGCCUGGCCUUGCUGCUCCUGGGCAUCUUUGGCUACACCGUUCUCAAGUGGUACCUGAGAGGACCAGGCUGGCAUCGCCCUAAUUUUGUUUUCAACCUGUAUCACAUCCGCAGUCUGAAGUCUGUGGAAGUGGAGCUGGCCCCGCUGUUCACAGUCAGCGGCUCCAUGAGUAACAUGGGAAGCGGCUACAUGCGGUUCCAUGACAGGAACAUGUGAUGCUGCAAAGCCAGAGAUACUGAUGCUGCAAGGUCAUUGGCUCUGCAGAGGUGGUUGUGUGAGCAAUAUCGGUUUCCCUGUGUCUUUGCUCGGGAUACUGCUAUCCAUUACAUGCACUGUCUCUCUGUCCAUCCUCACUGGGCUGGGACGCGGCCACCUUAGCUUGUGUGCACGGCUAAGAAGGAAUCAGAGCAGCAAUGCGGUGCAAGUAACAGACUGGACUUCAGCUUCUCACCAGGCUCUGGUUCCAUCCCUGGCACUGGUGCUCAGACAGCAGCCUGGUUUGGGUCACCAGGGCUGAUAAGAGAAAGCAUCCCUGUCCUCCCUGUGCUAGGCUCACACUCUUCAGUGGCUAAGAGUCAUUACAACCUGGUGGGUGGGUGGCUUUUGGGAAGCUCCCUACAUUCCCCAGUGGAAAAAUCUCCUUGUCCCACUUUUCACUGCUCAUUAUUGGUAUCCUGGUAGCACGCAGGGCCCCAUGCUAUGGAUCCGGGCUCUGCUAGGUGUUGUAGAUGCAGGAUAGAGACAGUCCCUGCCCUGAGGAGCCUGCUGUCUCAGAAUCAUGUGAGAAAUGAGAGGUGGGCCCAACAGACGGACUGGGAGAGCCCCAGGUCAGCACAGUGAUGGCUGGCACUAAACGGCCCCUUGCCAACUCCUCCAGGUGACACCUAGCUCAGAGGUGCACAGCUGAUCAUCCCAGAAAAAGCCUCCAGAGUGGAUGAAAAGCGGAUGGGUUUGUCCACAUUCAGCCUGCUGACCAUGCUGCCCUGGCGUGUCGCAGUCCCUGGGUGGGAGAGGGCACAAGGAUAGGCAGCUAUUGGCUGGUCUGCAGCCCUACUGGCCUUUCCCACUGGCCUUGCUGCCUAGUGCUUGGAGAGUGUGGGGCUACUCCCCAGGAGCCAGGCAGCCACUGGUCUAUCUAGUGCCAUCUCUUGUCCUGCUGUUGGCCAGCUUUCCCAGGCCUGUCCAGGGGAUUGAGAUUUCCCCUCAGAAAAACCCUUGCCAUGACUGAGGCCUAUUGGGUGGUGAGAAAUCCUGGGUUUUCCCCAGGCUCCUGUUUCAAUUCCCCCGUUCACAGGCCUGCUCAUGGCCUCCAUCUGGCAUGGUGUCUGAGGAAAGUGACUUCCCCUCCAACAUCAAGUCGCUGCCCACAAAGUAACAGCUUAGCACUUCCCCCUCCUGCUCCAGAGCAGAGAUGUGGGAGCGGCACCUUCCUUGGCCCCAGGAGCAGGGGCUUGUCCACAUCUACAGAGAAGUAAUGCAUUGGAAACUGGCUGGAAAACUCUUCCUGGAGAGCAGUUAUCAGUGGUUCACAGUCAAGCUAGAAGGGCAUAAUGAGUGGGGUCCCUCAGGAAUCAGUUCUGGGUCUGGUUCUGUUCAAUAUCUUCAUAAGUGAUUUAGAU